CAGCAUUGGGGGUUGAAUAAUUUUGGUCACAACUGUAUGAUGUGAACCAGGGGUUACUAUAAUGACAUUUAUUAAAAACCAAAAAAUAAAUGUAGCCCGUUACCCUGCACACAUUCACAAAUACAAACAAGUGUACAGGGUGUGCUGUCACUCCCAGGGGUGGACUGACAACUCAUGGCGCCCCCGGGCAAUAGGGGGUCAUGGGGCCCCUGUGUCCUUGCCCAAACUCAAAAAAGCCUAUGAAAAAGGUACCGGGGGCAUCUCAUGGGGCCCCCUACUGACCCCCGGGCCCUCGGGCAGU